GCAUCUCCCGUGCGCGCGGCGUGUUCCGCCUGCCCCAGCCGGUUCCCGGGAACCGGGCGCGCUGCUCGCUUCUCUUGCUGCGUCUCUGCCGUCGGCAACUCGGCCCCAUGGCAGGGCUGACCCUGUUUGUGAGCCGGCUGCCGCCCUCGGCCCGCAGCGAGCAGCUGGAGGAGCUGUUCAGCCAGGUGGGGCCGGUGAAGCAGUGCUUCGUGGUGACCGAGAAAGGGAGUAAGGCAUGUCGAGGCUUUGGCUACGUCACCUUUUCCAUGCAGGAAGAUGUUCAGAGGGCCCUCAAAGAGAUUAACACCUUCGAAGGCAGCAAGAUCGCUGUGACUGUGGCCAAGAAAAAACUGAGGAACAAGUCCAAGGAAAAGGGGCAAAAAGAAAAUUCAGAAUCACCAAAGAAGGAACAGAAGCCUAAAAAACCCAAAGCGGCAGAUAAGAAAGCCAGAUUGAUUAUUCGGAACCUGAGCUUUAAGUGUUCAGAAGAUGACUUGAAGAUCGUAUUUGCUCAGUACGGGACUGUUCUGGAAGUAAACAUUCCUAAGAAACCAGAUGGAAAGAUGCGUGGUUUUGCCUUUGUUCAGUUCAAAAACCUCCUCGAAGCAGGAAAAGCUCUGAAAAGCAUGAACAUGAAAGAGAUUAAAGGGCGACCCGUGGCCGUGGACUGGGCCGUAGCAAAGGAUAAAUACAAAAACACCCAGCCUGUCUCCGCUCCAGCUGAGGAGAAGAAAUCUAUACCUAAUCAGGAGUUAGGUAAAGAGAAUGGCAGGGGAAAAGAGGAUACAGAAGGUGAUGACGAUGAUGAUGAUGACGACGAUGAUGGCGAUGAUGACAAUGAUGACGAUGAUGAUGACGACGACGACGACGACGAUGAUGAUGAUGAUGAUGAUGAUGGUGAGGAUGAAGAGGAGGAGAAGCAGGAGCAUGGAGGCUCACAGAGGGCCAAGACCGUGCAGGGUCAGAAGAGAGCCGGGAAGAAGGCCGUCACCGAGAGCAGUGACGAGGACAGUGAGCUGGACGAGAGCGACAGCGCCGACGACAGUGGCGAGGAGUCGGCGAGGAGUGACGGCAGUGCCGAAGAGCUGGAAGAUGAAGAUAUCCAAGUCUCAAAGAAAAAGAAGAGAAAAUUACCCUCGGAUGUGAAUGAAGGGAAAACUGUUUUUAUCAGGAACCUGUCAUUUGACUCUGAGGAAGAAGACCUCGGGGAGCUCCUUCAGCAGUUCGGAGACCUUAAAUACGUGCGCAUCGUCUUGCAUCCGGACACAGAGCACUCAAAAGGUUGUGCGUUUGCCCAGUUCAUGACUCAGGAAGCAGCUCAGAAAUGCCUUGAGGCAGCUUCUCCAGAGUCUGAGGGUGGUGGGCUUAAAUUGAACGGCCGGCAGCUCAAGAUUGACUUGGCAGUGACACGGGAAGAGGCUGCGAAGCUACAGACAAAGAAGGUGAAGAAGCCGACCGGAACCCGGAACCUCUAUCUGGCCCGGGAAGGCCUGAUUCGUGCUGGGACGAAGGCUGCGGAGGGUUUGAGCGCUGCUGAUAUGGCCAAAAGGGAACGGUUUGAGCUGCUGAAGCAUCAGAAACUCAAGGAUCAGAACAUCUUUGUCUCCCGGACCAGACUCUGCCUGCACAAUCUCCCGAAGGCUGUAGAUGACAAGCAACUCCGAAAGUUACUGUUGACUGCCACGAGGGGGGAGAAGGGCGUGCGGAUCAAGGAGUGCAGGGUGAUGCGAGACCUCAAAGGCACCCACGGGAACUUGAAGGGGCAGUCGCUGGGCUACGCCUUUGCCGAGUUCCAGGAGCACGAGCACGCCCUCUGCGCCCUGCGCCACAUCAACAACAACCCGGACAUCUUCGGGCCGCAGAAGAGACCGAUAGUGGAGUUCUCUUUGGAAGAUCGACGGAAACUUAAGAUAAAGGAGCUGAGGAUUCAACGCAGCCUGCAGAAGGCGAAAUCCAAGUCCCCCAGCGGCAAGCCGCAGCAGGGGCAGCCGGCGGCUGGGAAAGACCAGGCGCAGAAAGCAGCGCAGACCCGGACGCAGACACCACGCAAGGCCCCAGCCGAGCAGAAGGGAACAGCGGGCUCGGCCUCCUGGUCAGGGUUCCAGACAAAGGCUGAAGUGGAGCAGGUCGAGCUGCCGGACGGGAAGAAGAGAAGGAAGGUCCUGGUGCUCCCAUCUCACCGAGGCCCCAAAAUCCGGUUACGGGACAAAGGCAAAAUCAAGUCUCUCCCUCCGAAAAAGCCAAAGCCCCAGAUCAAUCAGCGGAAGCAGGAGAAACAGAAAUCACCUUCCCAACAGCCACCUAAGAAAAAGGCACCUAAGAGAAACAAGGCAGAGAUGCGCUUCAACCAGAUGGUCGAACAGUACAAGCAGAAGUUACUGGGACCUUCUAAAGGAGCGCCUCUCGCCAAAAGAAGCAAAUGGUUUGACAGCUGAGGGCAACCGUGCGGAGAAGUUGGACUGUGUGCUCUUUGAGGCUCCAAGGCCCCGGCUCCCCAUACCCUUCUGUCAUUGACUCAAGGAAAGGACCUCCACCCCACCCCCACACCGCCCUGGGGUCCUCCCUGCACUGUGCACAUUGGAACUCUACUCCCUCCCUGGUGUGUGGUUCAGGAACCACAAAGAGAAUUACCAGGAAGACGUUGAGCUGCUGUAUGUUAUCUGGAGUAUUGUGUGCGUUUGUGUCUUCAGUUAUUUCCCAUUUGGAGUCUUUGUUCCUCAAGUGGAAGCAGUUGUAAACAGCACUUUGCUGGAUUUUGAAGAUGUAUAUUUUAUGAAGUGUCUUCUCUAAAUGAGAUAUUUUGUGGCUUUUUGAAUAACAGACAGUGUCUCAC